GGCUCUGGUAAUUUGGUGGAAUCUAUAACAAACAAACACCCCAUCCUCCGAUUUUCACCCAAUCUUUCUUUCUCUUUCUCUCUCUAGAAUUCACAUUUGUCUGUUGUAUGCCACCGUCUGGUCGGCAACCAGGCUUGAGAGAAACAGAUUUCUUGCUUUAACGAAGGCUCAGUUUUAACUGCUAUUGCUAGAUUGUUCAUACUCUAGAGGUUAUCGGCGGGUUUGGGUUUCUGAUAGGCGAAGGAUUUUGAUUUGAAGAUGAUUAAUGUAAUGGAUCAUGUGAAUAAACCCAUGAAUGAAGUGGAUAAAAGCUUGGAUGGGCAGUUAUGGCAUGCUUGUGCUGGUGGCAUGGUGCAAAUGCCGGAAUUAAACUCUAAAAUAUUUUAUUUUCCUCAAGGUCAUGCCGAACAUGCAGCCGCCGGCAAUGGCGGUUUCCGGGAUUUCCCAAGAAUCCCGCCGUACAUCCUCUGUGGAGUCUCCACCGUCAAGUUCAUGGCGGAUUCCGACACAGAUGAGGUUUAUGCUAAAAUAGGGCUUGUCCCUUUGGGAAAUCACAGCGAUUGUGAUUUUGAGAACGAUGGGUUUUUAGGGUUUGAUCAUAUCAAAAAUGAAAACCAAGAAAAACCGGCAUCGUUUGCAAAGACAUUGACUCAAUCUGACGCUAAUAACGGCGGUGGAUUCUCCGUACCAAGAUACUGUGCCGAAACAAUUUUUCCGAGAUUGGAUUACACGGCGGAGCCACCAGUCCAGACCAUCUUGGCUAAGGAUGUUCACGGGAAGCUCUGGAAGUUCCGGCAUAUCUACCGGGGGACCCCACGCCGCCAUCUUUUGACCACCGGUUGGAGCAAUUUCGUGAACCAAAAGAAGCUCGUCGCCGGCGAUUCUAUCGUGUUUCUGAGAGCUGAUAACGGUGACCUCUGCGUCGGAAUUCGGAGGGCCAAGAGAGGUAUCGGAAGGGGGUUUCAUGAUUCGAAUUCAUCCGGAUGGAACACUUCGAUUCCUGGGUAUGGGAAUUCCGGGAAAGUGAGUGCGGAAUCGGUGAUUGAAGCUGCAAAUCUUGCAGCCACAGGGCGGCCGUUCGAGGUGGUUUAUUACCCUAGAGCAAGCACGCCGGAGUUUUGCGUAAAAGCUUCAACAGUGAAAGCUGCCAUGCGGAUUCAAUGGUGUCCUGGAAUGAGAUUCAAGAUGGCGUUCGAAACAGAGGAUUCUUCCAGAAUCAGUUGGUUCAUGGGCACCAUUUCUUCAGUUGACGUCGACGAUCAAAUCCGUUGGCCUAAUUCUCCAUGGCGCCUCCUCCAGGUAGCUUGGGAUGAACCCGAUUUGUUACAAAACGUGAAACGGGUCAGCCCGUGGUUAGUUGAAUCAGUAUCAAACAUGCCAUCGAUUCAUCUUUCACCAUUUUCACCUCCAAGAAAAAAGCUUCGAACCCCACAACCAUCCGAUUUCCCCCUCCUUCCAAUCAUCAAUAACCACAGUCCCGGAAGCAUCCAGGGAGCCAGGCAUAAUCCGCAAUUCCAAUUCGGAUUUGAUCAUUAUCACCAACAACAAUAUUUCAACAGGAUCCAAUCUUUUCCAUUCGGGUCACCACAAUUUCCUCCAACAAGAUUAAUCCAAACAGCCCAAGAAACCGACGAAAACGUUUCUUGCUUGCUAACAAUCGGGAACAGUAGCAACAACUCAAAGUCAAAGACAAGAUCGAAUGAAAAAGCUGAAAACAAGCCAACAUUUGUGUUAUUCGGUCAACCCAUUUUCACAGAACAACAGCUCUCAGAUUCCAGUUCCGGUGACACCAUGGCUAACCAGUCUGAUGGUUCGGUGGUGGUUCAGAACGACAGCUCAUCCGAUGAAGCUGAACAAAAGUCCGAGUUUGGGGUCGAAACGGGUCAUUGCAAGAUCUUCAUGGAGUCAGAAGAUGUGGGUCGGACUCUAGAUUUAACCGCUUUUCAUUCAUAUGAAGAACUUUACAGAAAGCUAGCCGACAUGUUUUGCAUAGAUAAAUCCGUAAUGCUCAACAGCUUGAUUUAUCGUAAUGCAGAUGGUUCAGUAAAACGCACAGGAGACGAACCUUUCAGUGAGUUCUCAAAAACGGCAGGAAGGCUAACAAUUGUGAUGGAUUCUGGAAGUGAUAAUGUAGGAGUUUAGAUUCUUGUAACAUGUACAGUCGUUGCUACUUCAAAUUCUUGAUAUUUUUUUUUUUUGUUCGUCCCCAAUGAUCGAUUAUGAGAUGAUUUAGUUAAUGUUUUCUGUAGUAAUCCCUUUUGGAUUUUGAUCAAUUCUACGCUGUUUAUGGUUGAUAUUAUGUUAGUUUUUGUGAUGCAUGCUUUUGUGACAAUUGGUGUUGUAAAUGUUUUGUGUCGCUAGUGGUUGUGGUGUCCAAUUGGUGGUGGCGGUGGAUCCACGGCUGUAUCUAAUUGGAUGUGGAUGGUGGUUGAAACUAACUUUUUAGUUGGCCAAAUUUAACGAAGUUAAAUUAUUUUGUUUUUUUUAUAGCAAUAUUAGUAUA